AUGUAUAAUUACAUGAAAUCAAACAAUCUACCAGUUGACCAGAAACAGAGAAAAUUAACUCAGUUAGCAUCAACACACAACCAAUAUCAACCAUUUUCUUCUUAUUAUCUAUGGUAUCUAAUAGAUAGAUUUAAUUUUAUCAUUGAUGACAUUCAAUCAAUUUUAACAUUUACUAAAAACACUUGUUUUAAUGAAUUUGCGAACGAAUUUAUGAACGAAAGACAAAAGGCUGAAUUAGAAGGAAAUAAAGGAAAAAGUUUAUUUUGCAAGAUUUCGCUUAAUGGAUCAUAUGGUUACGAUGCAAUGAAUACACAAAAUUAUGCAAAGACUAAAAUAAUGAAUACACAGAAGGCACGCGUUGCAUGUAUGUCAAAUAAGUUUAAAAACAUAAGAGAAAUAGGAGAGGAUACGUAUCAAGUGAUGCUCAAAGAUAGAUUUUAUAGAUGUGAUACAUGUUUACAAGAGGCAUUUUUUACUUUAGAUAACGCAAAAUACUGGUAUUUGGUUUUCAUUUAUGAUUUUAUGUAUAAAUGCUUGGAUGUUAAUCGUUUUCAUUUCAUUGAAGGUGAUACUGAUUCAUCUUAUUGGGCAAUCGCUGGCGAUCCAAAUCUUCCUAACACUCAAGCAUUUCAGGUGAUUGUUACCGAUAAAAAAUUUUAUGAUAAAAACAUUUUCAAAUUCGCACCAUUUGAUUUCUUCUGUUUUGAUGAGAAAUUUAAACCUAAAUUAAAUAAUAAAGUUGAAGAAAAAGCACAUGAGAAAAAAUUAUUGGGUUUAGCAAUUGAGAAACAAGGUGAUAACAUGGUUGCUUUAUGUCCUAAAUGUUAUACUUCAUUCAACGGAGUGAUAGGUGAAGACUCCUUCAAAAAGAUUGCACAAAAAAUGAAAGGUGUUAGUUUAAGGCAAAAUAAACAAUUAACACCUAAAAAUUAUUUGGAUAUAAUAAAUGAUAAAGUUAUUUUCGAUGGUCAGAAUAUUAAUUUACAACUUAAAAACGGGUCAAUGACUCGCUUAACAAUCGGUAAGACUGCAUUAACAGGAGCACACACUAAGGCU